AUGACUGGCGCUUCCUCAGACGAUGCCGACUUUGAUCCUCCUGCCAAGCCCAUCACCUGCCGAUGGGACGACUGUGGCAAGGUCUUCUACGACCCCGAGGUCGUUUACAAGCAUCUCUGCGACGACCACGUCGGUCGCAAGUCCACCAACAACCUCUGCCUCACCUGCCGUUGGGAAGGCUGCGACGUCACCUGUGCCAAGCGCGACCACAUCACCUCGCACAUCCGCGUACACACCCCACUCAAGCCCCACAACUGCGACGUCUGCGGCAAGACGUUCAAGCGUCCACAGGAUCUCAAAAAGCACGAGCGCAUCCACACCGAACAACACCAGCAGCAGCGUCAGCACAAGGCCGCACAGAAUGCCGCGGCUCGUGCCUACUCCAUGUCCGAGCACGCCGCUUCCUUUGGCGCCUACCCUUACCCUCCUCCUGCCCAUGCCGGCGCCACCGCAAACUACAUGGGCUACCCGCAACUCCCCGCUCAGCACGGCCUCUACCCAUCGGCCUCGGCAUAUCCUUCUGCAUACCCAUCGCUGCCCAGCACCGACUACCACUAUGCCCACUCCACCUCCAGCGCUUCUCUCUCGCCCAUGUCGUCGCGCAUCGACACUCCACAAGGCAGCAGCCCCGUUCCCAACCACCACCACCAUCACGCCAACGAUGGCGCAUCGUACAUGCACCUGGCUUCGGGUCUCGAUCCCCGCGCAAAGGUCUCCACCGAUCCCACCUCGUACACCUAUCUCGCCCACGGCGCCACCACUAGCCACAACUUGGCAGGCAGCAAGCGUGGUCACGAACAGGUCGAGGAUUUCUUUGGCGACCUCCGACGCAAGAAGAUGGCGCCCGCCUACGACUCGAACAUGGCCGACAGGCUCAACCAGACCUUUGGCAUGGGCGGCAUCGAUGAUGUUUCGCUCAACGCCAUCCUCUCCACCUUUACCCCCUCGGCCGCUGCUUUCCCUGCGGCUUCCAUGAAUCCCGCCGCCGUCAAGGUCGAGAGCAACAUUUCUUCUGGGCGCGCUCCGGUCAAGCAGGAGCCCGCUGACCUCGCCCAGCUGAACGCUUUCCUCCUGCAGCUCGGUGCCAGUGCCGCCUCCCUCGGUUCGCAGUCACACAACAGCUUUUCAUCCGCAUCGUCGUCGUCGGCCUCGUCGUCCUUCUCGUCGCAGGGCAACAGCGCCGACUUUGACCUCUCGUCGCUUUCGCAAUACGGCCUCACCCACAUUCCUGGCUUCGACGAGUCGUUGCUGGCUGCCAAUAACGCCAGCGCUGUCCAGCGCUCCAUCGCACAGUUGCCCAGUCGUGCCCACUCGCACUACCCCGAUUCUAGCUCGUACGCCACCUCUUCCCACCAGAUGCACCAACCUUCGUUCGACAGUGUUCGUGUCUCGCGCGGCGCUGCCGUUGUUCCUCAGCUCGCUCCCAUGGACGCUGGCGGACACAGCUAUCGCCGUGUCGAGGCGCUGACCCGCGCUGCGCCCGAAGUGGUUGCACCAGCCUUCCGACGUGACGCUCACCGCACGCCGGUUAAGAUGGAGGACAACUACGAUGAUGACGCCAUGGAGGAGGAUGAGCUCGACGAUGACGCUUCGCAGGUGAGCAGCCGCUUCCGCUCGGUAAGCCCCGCUGCUGAUUCCGAGAGCGGCUGGUCCGAGGGUCCUGCUGCUGGUCGUCGUGGCAGCUCUUCGCCCUCGCACGGCCUCUACCCUCGCGUGUCGCCCACCGAGGCUUCUCGCCGACUGCCACCCGUGCGAUCUAACUCGUCGACCAGCACCUCGAUCGCCUCGCUCCUCGAGUCCGACAGACGUUCCUCACUGCGACGCGACGGCACUCCCGUUGAGGGUUCAUCGUCGCGCCACUCGGCCCCUGCUACCUCUUCGCCACCGUCGUCUUCGUCGUCGUCGUCGUCGACAUCGAGCAACUCGCUCUACCCGAGUCUUGUUGAUCGUGUUUCGCAGAUGCAAGGCCUUGGUCGUCCAUCGUCUUCUGUAUCGUCUUCCUCUGAGGAAGCCAACGAGGCCAUGCGUCGCGAACACGUGCGUCUCAUCCGCGACCUGCUCAUCGCAAUCAACUUCCCUGAACAGGCGCGUGCCAAGCUGCAAGCUCAACACGACCGAGUGCGUCUUCCUCCCAUCCUCACUUCGUCGCUCCCGCGUCGUCGUAACGCGGAAGAGGGUGAGACGACGCCCUUGGCCGCUGACAAGUCGGGCCAGGAAGACGCCUCGAGGGGAAGCGAUGGUAGCAGCGACCGCAACUCGACGCCGACGCCACCGGGAAGGCCGACGCUGCCGACGCUAUCGCAGCUGUUGAACGACUUGCCAGACAGGCGGCCUUCGAGGCCGAUGGCUGAGCGAGAGAUGGAGUGCGAUGUUUGA